AUGGCCGGGUGGGUUUUACUUGUUUUUGCCGCAACUGUUUAUGGAAUAAGCCGUAUCUCAGAGCCUGAUUUUAAGGCCGUUAACUUCGCUAAAGCAAGAGAAGGAAGGCAGUUAAACGGUAGCGUGAUCAAAGCAAUGAAUGUGGAUUCAGAAGGCGCGUGUAGGCUUCAAUGCGUCAAUGAAGAGCGAUGCCGCUCUUACAACUUUGGAAUCACAAAGAACAAACCCGGGAAGUUCCUGUGCCAGUUGACUGACUCUGAUAGAUUUGCUGGGUUCAUUAAUUUUAAAGAAGAUGAUAAUUUCAAGUACAAAGGGAUACAGGUAACUGCCACUGAACGCAGAAAUGAAAAUAGUUACAAUAUAGGACGUAAAUGCUACACACGGACAGCUUUCCUCUUGUUUCUAACCAGUGUGUCUUGGCUAGUUUUGGAUCAAAACAGGCAUUUGGUACUGGGCAUUAUCUCGAGACUUAAAAAGCGUUGAAAAAAAGUUCGUGUUUGCUAGUACUAAAUAUGAUUAAGGCACAACGUAACUUAGCGCCAUGAAAAGUUAUUACAAUAUGCUGGUAGACUAACAAAUCGUUUAUGAAAUUAAUAAGAAUGUUUUAUAGUUUGAGGUAGUUGCGAUUUCUCUGUGAGCUAAAGUGGUACACCGUUGCGACCAGUACAGUAAUCAGAGUUCUUCUCACGAAACGGGAUUUUUUUGGCACGCAAGAAAACUGACAUUCUCAGUGUUCAUAUAUAUCAAUUAUGCAUGACAUGUCGAGAAACUAGCGAGCUCUCCUUUCUGUUUCACGAAUAAAUUUGAAGUUUCAAUAAUAACGAAAUGAAUUUCAUGUACAAGCAAUGUAAACAUUGUUUUCCAAGAAAUUCUACAACUCGUUCAGAGAUGCGAUAACACCACACUUACCUUCUUUUAUUUUCUCAUAUUUAAUUUUUGCUUCCUCUAUUGUAUCUAUUCCGUUUUCUUUUAUUCAAUAUUUCCCAAUCAAUUAUUCAAAACUUUUCAAUCGCAAACCAAGUGUCCGGCAGUUUGGCAUUUCGCGAGUCAGCUUUACAAUUAACCUAAAAAUAAUUAUAGUAAUUAUUGGAUUCGGCUUUGGUAUGAUCUGAAAAUCUAGGAGGCUAUUAUUCAUUCCGAAAUUCUUAACAUGUUUACCUCGAUCAGUAUUAAGUUAAUUUGCUUGGUUCCCGUCUUCAUUAAUAUCGGAUACUAUGCAAAUAUAGGAUAGAAAGGGAUGUUUAGUCUAGCAGAUAUAUUGAGAUCAACUAACAAAUUUUAUCAAGACAUUCGAUGCAAAUUUUUCUUCCUUUUCAUUAGCCGAGAGCCCACCACGUAACCUGCAAAUAACUGCCUACAAAUAAUCGUCUGCUCAUGCAUAAUGUCGUCCAACAGUGUUUACAUGAAAAUAUUAUUCCACUCGUACGAAAAUGAAACCACGCUUUUCUCCCCCUUGCGAUCCCGCUUGCGUGAAAAUGGCAGAUCGUUUCGCUUAUCCGAAGAUAUUCAUUAAAAAACAAACUUGUUGAUCGAAUGACGAAACCAUUAUCCGUUAAGUUGUAUUCUUGCUCAUGUCUAGCUGUGUUUUUAGGUAAAAAAAUCGGUUUUUUUCUUCUUCCAAAAUCUUGUAAAAUUUCCACCAUUUUCCCCAGCUACAGCCAAAACAACUAAGCUAACGGAACCUCGAUCCCUUGGGCUUCUCGGUUGGCGUGAAAUAUUCUAUAUUAGUAUUUCCCGAAUCAGUGAAUAGCAAUUUUCGCGCGUUUUGAUUGGCUCCCGUAACUUGGAAUAUCCUUACCUCUACCUUUAGUUAUUUUCCUUGCUUUUAAAACAGAGUAUCUGCGAGUCUAGCAACGUGGACCUUUGCGGCAACAAAGGAAUCUGCAUCCCAGACUACUCCAAAGACAGCUUUACAUGUAAAUGUGACAAAGGCUACGCAGGAACACAGUGCGGUAAGUUACAAACGUCCCAUCCCCUAGGUCUCUCCCACCUUGGGGCUUUGGAGAGGUAGGAUUCUAAUCAUUUGUGCAUAAAAUGUGACUUGAAGUUGUUUAUUUAUCUGUUAGCAUAUGAGUUCCGAAGUAGUCUUUUUACUCGUUCUUAUUUUGAGUCCAAAGUCAGGGAGAGAAAAGCUUUCUCGUAGUCCAAAGAAUAUUUAGUAAUUAUUGAAUUCGGCUUUCGUAGGAUAUGAAGAAUUAUGCAGAUCGAGGAGGGUGUUAUCCACCGAGGCCGAAGCUGGAUAACACCCUCCGAGAUCUGGAUAAUUCUUCAUAAUCCUACAAAAGCCGAAUUCAAUAAUUGCUUUGCUUUUCAUUCAAAAUAAUUCCAAGUUUGAAAGUAAGCUAAAAUAUGCUUACCUCCGUGGAUAGUGCAUCUUUAUCGGGAAGUUCAGGUCUGCAAAUAUACAGUCGACCCCCGAUAAUUGGAACCUUCAAAGGAAAUCGAAAAAAAGGUACGAGUUAUCGGGAGUUCAAAGAAAAUAGCCGAGAUUAUGGUAAAAACAGUUUUUACUGCACAGUGAACAUUUUAAUCACAUUUAGUUGUAGAAAUGUCAAGUGAAAAUUAAAAGAUACUUUUAGAUUAUAAAUCAGAACGUAAUGUAACAAAACAUAGCCUAAAUAGAGCAUGCGUUUUACUGUUAUGAGAAGAAAAGCUGCUUCACGUUAGCCUGUGACAAUCAACAUUAGCCUCCGCUAGUAAACUAUACUUCUACAACACGUCAAUGGGAAACUAGUCCAAAAUUCAAUGUUUCGGAAGCCAGUCAAAACAUGGCUCGAGUUAUCGAGGGUAAAAUUAUGUAGAAAAAAACUUGAGGGGAAACGAAAAUUGGUUCUAGUUAGCGGGAGUUCGAGUUAUCGAGGGUUCGAGUUACCGAGGAUAAAAUUACAGUGAAUGUAUGACGGAAAUCCAGGGGAAAUCGAUUUUGGUUCAAGUUAGCAGGAGGUUCGAGUUAUCGGGAGUCGACUGUACUCCAAUUAGCAGAUGUCGUUCGUCGAGUUGUUUUCUUGCUGUUCUUGCUUUAUUUUUAAACACCGUGAAACGACUAAAAUGUUCCACCAUUACUCACUUCGAAAACAACUCAAACUAGUUUCAAUAAUCUGCAACUUUGUUGCACUUUUGAUGUCAUCGGUUCAAUAUGGCAAAAUUCUUCCAAAUUUGGUCAACAGUAGCUGGUUAUGAUGAAUUAUACGUGUGAUUUUAUUUUGAAGGAAUAAUAACUUUAUAUGUGGGUAUUGAGAUUAAACAUAAGUAUUUUUGCAUAGCCUAAUAUACAGCCAACUCUCUCUAAGAUAGACAGUCAGGGCCGGUCCCGAAUGUGUCCGUCUUAGAGGAGGGGGGGGGGGUGUCGUGACACCAGUAAUUUUAACGCUGAAACUAUCCACAAUAAAUACACGUCUGUUUAACUUGCACAAAACAGCUGCAACUGGAACUUUGCAACAAAAGUGGAAUAGAGAAAAGAAGUGUGACGUCACGUUACCAUGGUAUCAGAAUUUCUGGAUCAGAGCAUUAGGGAGCUUAACCAACGAGGAUGGCGAAGGGAACGAGAACUCUGCACGUGCAUCAUGCUCGAGUACAUUUCUUAGCCGUCGUUGCACGUGACUGCGACACGAAACUUCCUAAUUUCACACAACACAAAAAUUUCGGAUUCAAUCCCAAAAAAUUUCACCAACAUUCAACAAAUUAAAUGAAAUUGAAGAAGAUCGAUGAAGUUUGAAACAGUGCGAAUUCACUUUUUAAGAGACUUUUUCGGUUUCUUGUCAUCCAGAAAAUUUGUUACCAUGGCAACGUGACGUAACGACUUCUUCUCUCUAUUAUUUUCUCAGUGAGCAAUCACACGUUCACCACAAGCAAACUUUCACGGCUUCGUGGUCUAAAAGCAUAACACUAAACACUCCGCUAACUGGGGCAAAACUACUAAAUAUCAAACAAUUUGCAAUUUACUAUCAUGUAUAGCACCUUCACUUCCGUUUUGAGGUAUUUUUCACUAUAUAAGCACUUCCCAAUUGUCCGUUGACGGUUUCAAAAGUGUCCGUUGUCCGUCUUAGAGAGAUGUCCGUCUUAUAAAGUUGUCCGUUAACAGAGAGUUUACUAUAAACCGAGAGGGUGAAGGAAGAAUUCGGGACAGUACUAGAGGGCUUAAGGCGGCUCGGAUAUCACAAAUUUUGUACCAUAAUCUUUUUUCUGCUUUAACGCAAAGGCUACGAAAGUUUGAAAAGUCCGAAUAUACAAUGAUUUUUGAAAGGGUGUAGAACCUGUUUGACGAUGUGUCAUCUUGACGCGCACAUAUCAUAUAGUUUACGACUCUUAUUUCAACUCAUUUUAAUUAAAUAUUUUCCAAAAAAUGACAUUUGUCACAGAUUUUCUGGAAAAAAGUUCACACCAAAACUCUUUUACCUCUCUUACAUUUCAGAAUUAAUCAUAAAAGACUGCUCUAAACUUGGUCAAAGUGGUUUGGCAUCUACUGGAAUCUACUACAUCAACCCAGAUGGUGGCAGCCCAAUACAAGUACUCUGUGACAUGACUGCAAACGGUAGAGGUUGGACCGUCUUUCAGAGGCGUUUAAACGGUUCGGUUGAUUUUUUUCAGGGCUGGGAAUCAUACAAAAACGGGUUUGGAGAUCUAAACGGUGAGUUCUGGCUUGGAAACGACAAUCUUCAUCGUUUGACAGCCUUUGGUGACGUCAUGCUAAGAGUUGACCUGGAGGACUUUGAUGGCAACAUAACAUACGCAGAGUAUACAACAUUUCAAGUAGCUGACGAAGCAGAUAAAUACAGGAUUACGAUUGGAGGAUACAAUGGUACGGCUGGUGACUCGAUGGUAGAUAACGGAGGGCAGACCCAAAGGUAAGCAAAUAUUUCGCUGGUAAUUAAUUUGUAACAACAGAAAAAGAAAAGGUCAAUACCGCGUUUAUAAGCUCCCCCACUUUAUCAUGAGCCACCUCCAGUUAUAAACCCAUCUAUAGACCCGUAAACCAAAAAAAUACAUCCCAUUACAAGCCUCGGGAUAUAAGGCCUGUUUCAAACGUCGUGCUACUGCCGUGCUAAGCUGAUUCGACUGUAGCUCGACUGUAGCACGACACUAGCACGACUUGGUUUCAGACGUCGAAUUUAAUUCAGAAGAAUAGACCGGCUAUUGCCUAAAACAAAACACAAAAAUAAAGAAACGAUUUAGCAAACUUUUAAAUGUAUUCUAAUGUAUUUAUGAUUUAUGAAUUGAGUUUGGCAUGGCAGUAGCGCGACCUUUGAAACCAAGUGGAGCUACUGCCGUGUAGCACGGCAACGCUUGCCAUUCUACACGGCAUUGGCACGACUUGGUUUCAAGCGUCGCGCUACUACUGUGCUUAAGUCGAUUUUAAUUCGAUCAGUUUAGUUCGGCACGGCAGUAGCACGACAUUUGAAACGGGCCUAAGCCCCUUACAAAUCUAUUGAAUUCGAUUUAUUAUCAAUGACAUUUUAAAGCUUAAUUAAAAACCAGUAUACGCAAAACGCAAAAGGACUGCCAUAUCUUGUUUCAAAGCGCUGUUUCUAUUUCGGUGAUACAACACCUCGGAUAUAGCCCCUCCGUUUAUAAGCCCUUCUAAAUCCCUUACGAAGAUGUUUAGGCCCAGGGAUAAGAGGCAGUUAAAGGCCGUUCUAUCAAAUCAGCAGUCUUUCAUAUACUUUCUUUAAAGCCCACCUUACAAUGCUGUUACAAGUCUUUUUACCCUUAAAAUAAGUCCACCUCAUAGAUAGAUACCUUGUCUCUGAUAUUCAAACUAAUUUAUUAAUUUGUAGGGUCAAGUAGACUCGUAAUCGACCACAGCCACAUGAUAAGUGGCAUCUGUAUCUGAACUGUAGGUGUAGCAGUGAGCUGUAAUGCACAAAGCCUUUACCUUCGGAAGCAUGAUACGUAUUACUCGAAUCACCUCAUGUUGGGCUGGGAAGUUUUGCUUGCGGAAUCUGGAAUUAGUAGGAUUUCGCUUGCGGAAUAUGGAAUCCUGGUUUUUAGAAUCCGGAAUGCAGCACAAGAAAUCUGGAAUUUCAGAAUCUAAGACUAGCUUGGAUUCCCUUGUAUGGGUUGACUCGUAAAUCCUAAAUCAAAAUCCACCUUGAAAUCCACCUCGAAAUCCAUCUCGAAAUCCUAACGUGGUAAAUAGAUAACCUCCUGACAAACAAAUCUCUUUGUAAAAUUUGUGCCACUAUCAAACUGUGAUCUUUUUCUGCAGUAACUUGCAGUUUUCAACCAAAGAUGUCGACAAUGAUCUGUAUGACCCUAACAAUUGCGCUGUUUUACUCAGUGGAGCAUGGUGGUACCAUUCCUGCAGUUGGGCCAAUCUAAAUGGUUUGUAUCGUCGAGGAUCUUACAACACCAGCUACUUGGCCCACGGAGUAAAAUGGGUCACGUUUAGAGGACAGUAUUAUUCUUUGAAACGCACUGAGAUGAAAUUAAAGCCUAAACCAUAAACAGCAAUGGUAUUACCGCAUUAUGAUGACCUAUGAUUUGCGUCGCAUCAUUUAAGUUGGUAGACAUUUGACAUCACUUGCUACCUAAUCUUAUGAAAUUUCUAAUCUAAGAUUGAGUGCAAGCAAGUACGACUUUGUAAGUAUAGUAACGGCUUCAGACUACAACCCAGACAAUCAGAGCGAACUCAGUUAUUGAGUGUCGUCAUUGCUUGGAGAGCCUUAACUCUGGCAGUUCAUCUUGUAUUCGACAAUUGGAAACGAGAAAGUAACUGGAACCGAAAUGUGUCCAGCACUUUUUUGUGGGAUCGUUACCGCGCUGGACAGCAAUUGGACAAUAUUUUUCCCUGUCACAGAAGUCUUUUCAAAUAAUAACUCAAAGCAUUUGUACUUAAUGGAUUUAAGCGGCUCUUACAAUUUAUGCGUUUAACUCAUUGCCGAAGCAAAAAGUCAAGAUGGCUGAAAUUGGCCAGGUUGGUUUUUUUCGUUUUCAUAUAAGCUAGGACAAAGACAAGUUUCACAGGAACAGAGCAAAAAAAUGUAGUAGAAGAGGAAGGAUCCCAAACUUUUUGCCAUCGCGACUGAACAAACCUGGUCAUAAUAUGGCCAAAGCAAAGUAUUUUGCUGUGGAACAAAGCGAAGCAGUCUCGAGUAGCAAAAUAGGCCCUAAAUUCUCGCUUGGGUAGACAAUCCGAAAACAGGAUUCCACUCGCAGGUCAUUUUGACAGCCCACUUCAGGUUAAUUCUGAACCUGAAAUUUUUAAUUGAUAAAGUGACAAUUCGAAUACGAUUGGUUUUAUCAUAUGACACCUGUUAAGAUGUAUGUUUACAAGUGCUCAUUGCAGAUCAACUGAUGUUUGCAAGCGAAUUGAUCUUUUGCCUUGCAAUAAAUAAAGGAUGUAUGCAAGUGAUUAUCUUCAAUUUCCAAAAGACUGUGAGAACUCCCAUUUUAGUCAGUGCAGGCUUUGCAGGACUGGCUAAAUACCAAACCCCCAUUCCCCCACCCCCGCCCCCCUCCGCCCAAUUCCCGUUUUCCUCCCUUGCCAGCCACUAUGGCCUUCGUUCAACGUAUUAAUACAAAUUCUAAGUAACAUGACUCGCAGGCUUAAGGGUGAAAAUUGCAAUUUUUUCACGACUCCGUUGUCUCCCAAUUCCCAGAAGAGACUUGAGCACGAAGAAAACCAAACCAAACAUAGAAAAAUGACCAGAAAGCCUCGGAUUCAUGGUAGAAUUUUAAUAUAUCGAAGGUGCCCGAUGGCACAAAAUGGGCUUACCUCUUAUUUGUGUUAACCUAAUAAAGUUUUAGGAUUAUUACGCGCGAAGAUGAAUAUUUCUUGCUCUUUCAAAACUUAGGGGCGAGAUCACUUUUCUGUAUAUAAGGGGGUCUUAAAAUAACUUACUUAUGUUCACUGAAAGUUUAAAUUAAGCCGGUAGGUAGCCUGCGUCGAAGACGUACUUUAACAUCGGUUAGUGACGUCUGCGAAGCAUCGCCGAGAUAUAUCCUCGUUGUAGGCCCCCAACGGACUCAACGAAUUACCGGAGGUGGGUUUGGAAUUUCCUUUAUUACUGAUUGGCAAAUUAACGACGUCUUUUUUCACAGGACAAUCAUUGCGCGUAUUCAAAUCUUGGUACACAGUUGGAGCCCAGAACAAGGAUUUAGGCGCUGUUUUGUAGACCGACUUAACCAGAGUUAAGUUUCGUCUGUGGCGCAGGCUAGCUGGUACGUAGAUUACCAGAUUUAUGUUUAAAAUCGCAUCCUGGCCACAGUUGUGAGUGCAAAAUGUCUUGGGCAGUUUUCUUGCGAAGAAUAUUAAUUCACUAAAGGGGUGACUCUGAAGAAACAAGCUGGUCAAAUUUAAUUGAUCUUUAGAUAUGGGGACGAUAUCGUUCUUGUAGCAACCAGAAACCAGGCUCCAGAGGGAAACAACACAACGAAAAGAUACUGGGAACCAGUAUAACUGAUCAUCUUUAAACGAAAACUUAAUAGUUAUAUAUUAAAACACCUGUUAUACCGUUAAAGUGAUCUGUGAAAAAAUGUUACUGUGCCUUGUACUCGUCUUUGCCGAAACUGCAUCGGGCUUAAGCCGUAUUUCAGGAUCUCGUUUUCAAGCUGUUAACUUUGCUAAGGCGAAAGAAGGACGAAAGUUGAAUGGAAGCGUGAUAAAAGAAAUGCAAGUUGAUACAGAGGGUGCGUGUAGGCUUCAAUGUGUCAAUGACGAGCAAUGCCGCUCUUACAACUUUGGACUCAAGAAGCAUAAAGCUGGGAAUUUCCUGUGUCAGUUAAAUGGUUGCCAUAGAUUUGUUGGUUUUGGUAACUUCACAAAAGAUGACAAUUUCAAGUACAGAGGAAUAGAGGUAAUUAACCAUCAAAAGAGAAAUACUUAGUUAAGGUGUUUCGAUAUAGUUUUUCAGAAGCCAUACAGAUAUUUUUCAAUCGCUUUAAAAGUGAUUUUAUCCUUGUCUGAUAGCUAUAAAAGUUUCACCAAUGAUUGACUAUAGAUUGAAAUUUGUCAAAAUGUAGGUUUUAGUAAAAUCGAUAUUACUAUGACAACAAUAAACAAAAAACUUUGAAACUGAUAAACGCCUAAUUUUGGGCGAUCUAGACCAGCUACUGAAAAUCCAACACUAGGAACUUAAAGUUUAGAAUUAGCAAAUAACCUCCGUAAGAAGAAAAAAAAUUCGGUAUGUCUGAAUUCGACUAAAACGAAACUAUAUUUCAAACCUUAAAUUGUCAAUAGCCGUGAUAAAUUAUUUAAUAAAACGUUAUAAAUGACACAAAUUAAAUUGCAUUCUUAAGUAGCGUCAGAAUGCUGCUUAAUAUCAUAUUUUGAUGCUCGGAAAUUUUAGCGUACUUUCGUUCUUGCGAUCACUUAAAAACUAACCCGUUUUCUCACCACCUGUCUAAGUGCAGCUCCAUUCAAAAUUUGGACUUUUAGCGCUUUUUUGUAUAUCUCUGAAACGACUCGAACUAAUUUUUUUAAAAUUUCUUCACAUAAUCUUCAUUAUUAUAUGGCUGAGUCUGUUUCCGCCAUGCGAUUGGUCAAUUUGGGGUCUGUAACUUGCUAUACGGACCAAAAUUUUUAAAGAAAAUGCUCAUUUCGGACCUCUAAAUCUCUUUACCUCGGAAAAAAGAUUUAAAUAAAGUUAUAAGACGCCUGUCAACCUUGAAAAAUUGGAUGUUGACUUUGGCCUUCAACAUUUUAAACUGUGUUUAUUUGUGAACGAUGGCGAUGAAGAAACAGAAACUCAUAAAGGGUUGAACAACCCCUUAUGAGUUUCUGGAAAAAACUAACUCGUAAUCUUAUCGACGAAGAUUCUAGUCAGUGUUUGAAGAUUUUAUCGUAGUACACAGUUAAGAAGACGAAAAUCGACUGGCAGAGAUUCGAGAUGUUUUGCCUAAGAUAAAAUGAGUAAUUCAUUCAACAAAUAUGAUAACAAACAUACCUGCACCGAUCAUCUUGAGAAGCUUCUUUGCCAUUUUAUUUUCAAAAAAUUAGUUCGAGUCGUUUCAGAGAUAUGUAAAAAAGCGCUGAAAGUCCAAAUUUUGAAUGAAGUUGCACCUAGACAGGUGGUGAGAAAACGGGUUGGUUUUUAAGAUCGCUAGAACAAAAAUACACCAAAAUUUCCGAGCAUCGAAAUAUGAUAUUAAACAACAUUCUCACGCUACUUAAGAGUAAUUUGAGUCAUUUAUAACGUUUUAUUAAAUAAUUUAUCACGGCUAUUGACAAUUUAAGGUCUGAAAUAUAUUUUCGUUUUAAUCGAAUUCAAACAUGCAGAAUUUUUUACUUCUUACGGAGGUUAUUUGCUAAUUACCAAACUUUAAGUUCCUAGUGUUGGGUUUUCAGUAGCUGGUCUAGAUCACACAAAUUUCGGCUUUAUUAGUUUCAAAGUUUUUGUUUAUUGUUGUCAUAGUAAUAUCGAUUUUACUUAAAUCUACGUUUUCACAAAUUUCAAUCCAUAGCCAAUUACUGCUGAAAAUUUUAUAGCUAUCAGACAAGGAUAAAAUCACUUUAAAGGCGAUUGAAAAAUAUCGGUAUGGUCUCUGAAAACCUGUAUCGAAACACCUUAACAAUGGCAACAUGUACAAUUUUUUUGCUAGUUAAAAAUAUUUUUUUGUCAGAGUGUCUGCUAGUCUGAAAGCUUUUUAAUAUUCAAAACUUUGACCGGUUUCAAACUUUCUUUGCAACAACUUCCAACAACGCGCAACAACAUUCAACAGAGUGUGCAGACGGACGCAACAUAUAACAUCCAACAUUGUUGGGAGUUGUUGGCCAACAAUGUUGUGUCCGCUUGCACGGGGCUUUAGUUAUUUUCCUUGCCUUUAAAACAGAGUGUCUGCGAGUCUAGCAAAGUGGACCUUUGCGGCGACAAAGGAAUCUGCAUCCCAGACUACUCCAAAGACAGCUUUACAUGUAAAUGUGACAAAGGCUACACAGGAACACGGUGCGGUAAGUAACAAACGUCCCAUCCCCUGGGUCUCUUCCACCUUGGUGGUUUGAAGACGUAAGAUUCUAAUCAUUUGUGCAUAAAAUGUGACUUGAAGUUGUUUAUUUAUCUGUUAGAAUCUUAUUAUUCCGAAGUAGUCUUUUACUCGUUUUUAUAUUAAGUCCAAAGUUAGGGAGAGAAAAGCUUUCUCGUAGUCCAAAGAAUGUUUAGCAAUUAUUAAACUGGGCAUGGUAGGAUAUGAAGAACUAUGCAGAUCGAGGAUUCAAAAUAAUUCCAAGUUAAGAAACAAGUUAAAACAUGCUUAUCUCCGUCGAUGUUACGUUUAUAUCGAUAAUGCAUCUUUAUCGCGAAGUUUUGGAGAUAAGGGCUGUUCAGGUCUGCAAAUAUACUCCAAAUAGCAGAUGUCGUCCUUCGAGUUGUUUCCUUACUGUUCUUACUAUGUUUUUAGACAACAGUUCGCCGUGAAACGAGUAAAAUGUUCCGCCACCACUUACUUCGCCAUUACUCACUUCGAAAACAACUCAAACUCGUCCCCAGGUCUUCUCGGUUAACGGUUCAAUAACCUGCAUUUUCACCGCACUUUUGACGACAUCGGUUCAAUAUGGCAAAAAUUUUCCGAAUUUGGUCAACAGUGGCUGGUUAUGAUGAAUUAUGCUUGUGAUUUUAGUCAAUCAGAAACAGAGAAAUAUUUUGAAUGAAUAAUAUAUAAUUUUAUACGCAUGUAUUAAGUUUAAACAUAAGUAUAUUUGCAUAACCUAAAAUACGGUCAACUCUUUCUGAGACGGACAGUCAGAGCUUGUCCCAAAGAUGUCCGUCUUAGAGAACGGUAUCAUGACACCAGCAAUUUUAAAAUUGAAACUAUACGAGAUGAAUAAACGUCUGUUGAACUUGCACAAAACAGCUACACCUGAACACUGCAGCAAAAGUGGAGUUCUUUACUCAUUGUGCAAUCAGACGUUCAUUACAAUCAAACCGCUUUCACGGGUUCGUGGUCUAAAAGCUAAACACUAUACGCUCUGUUAACUACCAAAGCAAGACUACUAAAUAUCAAACAUUUUGCAGUUUAAGUUACUGUCAUGCAGAGCACCUACAUUUCCGUUUUGAGGUCUUUGUCACCACAUAAAGCACUUCCAAAUUUGGCCGUUGACGGUUUCAAAAGUGUCCGUUGUCCGUCUUAGAGAGAUUUCCUUAUUAUAGAAAGUAUGGUGACAGUAAGAUGACUAAGGUUACAGUAAAAUGACUGGGACCAAACCUAGGUGUCCAUCUUACAGCGGUGUCCGUAUUAUAGAGAGUAUCAGGUUACAGUCAGAUGACUAAGGUUACAGUAAAAUGACUGGGACCAACCCUAGUUCUUACUAGACAGAAGUCCGUCUUAUAAAGUUGUCCGUUAAGAGAGAGUUUACUAUAAAUCGAAAGGGAGAUGGAAGAAUUCGAGACAGUACUAGAAAGCUUAAGGCGGCUCGGUUAUCUCAAAUAUUGUGUCAAAACUUUUUCCGCUUUAACGCAAAGGCUACGAAAGUUUGAAAAGUCCGAAUAUACAAUUAUUUUUUAAAAGGGGUGUAGAACCUGUUUGACGAUGUGUCAGCUUGACGCGCAUAUAUCAUAUAGUUUACUACUCUAAUUUUAACUCAUUUGAAUUAAGAGUUGUAAAAAAAUUCCAAAUAAUGAUAUUUGUCAAAUAUUAUCUGGAAAAAAGAUCACACCCAAACUCUUUUAUCUCUUUUACAUUUCAGAAUUAAUCAUAAAAGACUGCUCUAAACUUGGUCAAAGUGGUUUGGCAUCUAGUGGAAUCUACUACAUCAACCCAGAUGGUGGCAGCCCAAUACAAGUACUGUGUGACAUGACUACGGACGGUGGAGCUUGGACUGUCUUUCAGAGACGUUUAGACGGUUCGGUUGACUUUUUUCAGGGCUGGAAAUCAUACAAAAACGGGUUUGGAAAUCUAAGCGGUGAAUUCUGGCUUGGAAACGACAAUCUUCAUCGCUUGACAUCAGCCUCUGAUGACGUCAUGCUUAGAGUUGACCUGGAGGACUUUGAUGGCAACAUAACAUACGCUGAGUAUACAACAUUUCAAGUAGCUGACGAAGCAAAUAAAUACAGGAUUAUGAUUGGAGGAUACAAUGGUACGGCUGGUGACUCGAUGGUAGAUGACGGAGGGCAGACCCAAAAGUAAGCAAAUAUUUCGCUGGUAAUUAAUUUGUAGCAACAGAAAAAGACAAGGUCAAUACUGCGCUCAUAAGCUCUUUCACUUUAUUAUAAGCCACCUCCAGUUAUAAACCCAUCUAUAGACCCGUAAACCAAAAAAUACAUCCUAUUACAAGCCUCCGGAUAUAAGCCCCUUGAGGAUCUAUUGAAUUCGAUUUAUAAUGACAUUUUAGAUUUAUUAUGACGUUUUGAAGGUUAAUUAAAAAAACAGUAAAUGCAAGACCUAUUAAGACUGCUAUAUCUUGUUUCAAGGCGCUGUUUCUAUUUCGGGUAUAAAACAGCUCGGAUAUAAGCCCCUCCGUUUAUAAGCCCUUCUAAAACCCCUGACGAAGAUAUAUAAGCCCAGGGAUAAGUGGCAGUUUACGGUAUCAAAUCAACAAUCUUUCAGUAAUAUAAUUUCCUUUAAAGCCCAUCUUACACUGCUGCAAGAGCCCACAACCCGGAGCCAGCAACUCCUGUACUCGGCCUAUGUCACGGCGUUUUUACGGACCAGUUUAUUUUUAGACACAUUUUAGGGCACUUUUUCCCGCGAAAAUAGAAUCUAGACCAUGUCUAUGAGUGCAUUCGUUAGGUCUGUAGGUUUAGCUGACCGGUUUGUGGAAUUUAAAAGAUAGUCAAAAUUCGCGCCAAAACCGUUUCAAGGCGUGACACGAGCGCAUAGAAGUUGCUCACUCUUGACUGUUCUUACGAUUCUUUUUACCAUUACGAUAAGUCAUCGCCAGCCCCGACCACCUUAGAUACCUUCUCCCUCUUAUUCAAAUCAUUUAUUAAUUGGUAAAGUCUCUAUACUCUUAAGCGACCACAGCCACAUACUUGGCAUCUGUAUCUGAACUGCAGGUGUAGCAGUGAGCUGUAAUGCACGAAGCCUUUACUUCGGAAGCAUGAUGCGUAUUACUCCAAUCACCCCAUGCAAGGAUGGAAAAUUUUGCUUGAGGAAUCCGGAAUCUGGAACAAAUUCGCUUGUGGAAAACGAAAUCCUGGUCUUUGGAAUCCGGAAUCCCACUAACAAUUGGAACCCGAAAUCCAAGUUCCAAUUUUAAAAAAAUGAAGAAUCCAGUACCUGGAAUCCGAAAAUCCACGGCGCGGAAUUCAGAAUCCAAGACCGUCUUGGAUUCCCUUGCAUGGGGUGACUCCAAAGUCCGAACUCCAAAUCCACCUUGAAAUCCACCUCGAAAUCCUAACUUGGUAAAUAGACAACCUCCUGACAAACAAAUCUCUUUGUAAAAUUUGACUAUGUGCCAUUAUCAAACUGUGACUUUUUUCUGUAGUAACUCGCAGUUUUCAACCAAAGAUGUCGACAAUGAUCUGUAUAAGCCUGACAAUUGCGCUGUUUUGAAAAGUGGAGCAUGGUGGUACCAUUCCUGCAGUUGGGCCAAUCUAAAUGGUUUGUAUCGUCGGGGAUCUUAUAACACCAGCUACCCUAACGACGGAGUAAGAUGGGUCACGUUUAGAGGACUGUAUUAUUCGUUGAAACGCACUGAGAUGAAAUUAAAACCUAAACCAUAA